AUGAUUGCAAAACUAUGUCAUCAAAUCAAUGCAGCAGUCAAGACCUUAGAAGAUGUGAAGAAUACCCUUACACCUGGUUUGACAAGGUGGUUGAACAAGAUCUUCAAGGGUAGCAUGGUUCAGGUGGAAUUGAACAUGCAUCAUGAGAAUGAACUUGCAGAUCAUUAUCAAGCAAAUAGAUGUUGA